CAGUAUUUAAGGCUCAGACGUACAUGCUGUAUUGUCACUGGGUGUGCACCGUGAGUAUCUUUGAGUUGAUAGGCUACAAGACCAACGCUGAGGUGAUAGGCUACAAGACCAACGCUGAGUUGAUAGGCUACAAGACCAACGCUGAGUUGAUAGGCUACAAGACCAACGCUGAGUUGAUAGGCUACAAGACCAACGCUGAGUUGAUAGGCUACAAGACCAACGCUGAGUUGAUAGGCUACAAGACCAACGCUGAGUUGAUAGGCUACAAGACCAAUGCUGAAUUGAUAGGCUACAAGACAACGCUGAGUUGAUAGGCUACAAGACCAACGCUGAGUUGAUAGGCUACAAGACCAACGCUGAGUUGAUAGGCUACAAGACCAACGCUGAGUUGAUAGGCUACAAGACCAACGCUGAGUUGAUAGGCUACAAGACCAACGCUGAGUUGAUAGGCUACAAGACCAACGCUGAGUUGAUAGGCUACAAGACCAACGCUGAGUUGAUAGGCUACAAGACCAACGCUGAGUUGAUAGGCUACAAGACCAACGCUGAGUUGAUAGGCUACAAGACCAACGCUGAGUUGAUAGGCUACAAGACCAACGCUGAGUUGAUAGGCUACAAGACCAACGCUGAGUUGAUAGGCUACAAGACCAACGCUGAGUUGAUAGGCUACAAGACCAACGCUGAGUUGAUAGGCUACAAGACCAACGCCUGUUAAUCUAAUUGAACCACCAGGCGCACGACAGGAAGAUAUUAAGGACCUUGGAAUCUGGAAUCUGAAGAACCCUGCCAUUCGCUAGUUCCUGCAACAACAAGCACCAUCAAGGAUGGCUGGAGCAAACCUCUACAAUGUCACGGACGACAUCCCGUCCAAUUGGAGCGUCAUUGAAACCGUCGUACAGUGGACAACAUUCUCCAUCGGUUUUCCUCUGAUCUGUCUGUCCAUUUAUGCCAUGUACUUCCUGAUCAGAGCUGAUCACAUCGCUCCAGUCUAUGUUAUCAACCUUCUUAUUGCAGAUCUCAUUCAGAUCUGCACGAGGCCAUUCAACCUGUCUGGUACCUGGAAUAUGAUUGUAAUAUUUAUUGAAUUCUUUGGUAUCAGUGCGAGCAUUGGUUUCAUGGUAUGUGUUGCUCUGGAGAGAUAUCUUGUGAUUGCAUUUCCUCUCUGGUACCGUUUUCGUCGUAACAUCAAAUACUCGCUCAUAAUGUCCUCCGUUAUCUGGGUUAUCCCUUUCAUCCAAAUCUCCAUGUUGUACCUCACGCCGACUUUCGGGACGAAACUGAUUCUGUUUGCAGUUACCCUCCUCAUACCCUUCCCAUUGCUCAUAUUCUUCCUCGUGGGCACGUUGAAAGCUCUGUCCGUCUCCCUCUCUGUGCCAGCUGUCGAACAGAGACGGAUUAUUGGUACCCUGGCCCUUGUGCUGGGCAAUUACACAGUCCUGUUCCUACCCCUCAUCAUACAAUAUCUGAUAGCAGGGGUAACAGGCCAUAACAAUGUAGAGAUUGGGACGCUCUUUGAGAGAUUCAGCCCCCUUGUGGAUCCCCUACUCUAUGUGUUCAUGAGAAAGGGAGCGAAGGACACUCUGGCCUUCCCCUGCGUCAACAAGCUCAUGGGUGCCGAGGAGCAGAGUCAGGUCACCAACACUAUGACCAUGACUGACAGUGUAGUAGAAGGCUCCAGGUAGGACAGAUGCAGGGAAAAGAACUGUAUCUGUAUUUUUUAUUUUUUACCUUUAUUUAACCAGGCAAGUCAGUUAAGAACAAAUUCUUAUUUUCAAUGACGGCCUGGGAACAGUGGGUUAACUGCCUGUUCAGGGGCAGAACAACAGAUUUGUACCUUGUCAGCUCGGGGAUUUGAACAUGAAACCUUUCGGUUACUAGUCCAACGCUCUAACCAUUAGGCUACCCUGCCGCCCCUACACUCUAACCACUAUGCUACCCUGCCGCCCCUACACUCUAACCACUAUGCUACCCUGCCCCCUCUACACUCUAACCACUAGGCUACCCUGCCCCCUCUACACUCUAACCACUAGGCUACCCUGCCGCCCCUACACUCUAACCACUAGGCUACCCUGCCUCCUCUACACUCUAACCACUAGGGUACCUACCACCUCUACACUCUAACCACUAGGCUACCCUGCCCCCUCUACACUCUAACCACUAGGCUACCCUGCCCCCUCUACACUCUAACCACUAGGCUACCCUGCCCCCUCUACACUCUAACCACUAGGGUACCUACCACCUCUACACUCUAACCACUAAUCUUCCCUGCACUAUGUAUAACUCCUAUCAACUCCUGGUUAAAAUUAUCGUAUCGAAACAUUGUUGGGAGCUUUAACAGUGUGCGGCCUUGUUCUUUUCUUUGUUAAAAAAGAUGCCAUCACGGGCCUCCCGAGUGGCGCAGUGGUCGUCACUACAGACCCGGGUUUGAUUCCAGGCUGUGCCAUAACCGGCCGCGACAAACAAUUUUCCCAGCAUUGUCCGGGUUAAGGGAGGGUUUGACCAAGGGGGGGAUUUACUUGGCUCAUCACGCUCUAGCGACUCCUUGUGGCGGCCCAGGCGCCUGCAAGCUGACUUCGGUUCCAGUGGACGGCGUUUCCUCCGACACGUUGGGGCAGCUAGCUUCCGGGUUAAGCUUGCGGGUGUUAAGGAGUGCGGUUUGGCUGGUCAUGUUUCGGAGGAGCCUUUGAUGCAACUCCCCAACAGGCUCGGGAGAGGCAACGAGACAAGAUCGCAAUUGGAUAUCACAAAAUUGGGGAGGAAAAAGGGGGUUAAAAAAUGUAUUGUUAAGUGUUGUAGUUAAAAUGUGAAGAGUACAUGCCUUGCUUUUUUUAUAUACAAUACAUGACAUACUGUGUUGUACACAGCCCUAUUCUGCAUUGCGCUGUGUGUGUUGGGCUUGUAUUGCAGCUUUAUUAUAAUAUAUAUAUAUAAUAACAUGGACUUCUUUCCUUCAAUAAAUUGAUCAUGUGGAUAUUUGA